AUGCAACAGUCGCGGCAGCAGAAGACGAGGAAGGGGCGUGGUAUCGGGUCGGGUAAGGGGAAGACGGCCGGGCGGGGACACAAGGGCCAGAAGGCUCGUGGCACCUAUAAAUUCGGAUUUGAAGGCGGACAGACGCCGCUCCGCCGCCGCCUUCCGAAACGAGGCUUCAAGAAUUCCUUCAGUCUCACAUUUCAGCCUGUUGGUUUAGGAAAAAUCGCAAAGCUGAUAAAUGCUGGGAAAAUUGAUUCUUCAGAAUUGAUAACGAUGAAAACUCUCAAGGACCGUGGAGCUAUAGGCAAGCAAAUAGAAGACGGUGUUAGACUAAUGGGACGCGGAGCUGAACAGAUUGAAUGGCCCAUCCAUCUAGAGGUUUCAAGGGUGACAGUAAGGGCGAAAGCAGCAGUAGAGGCUGCUGGGGGGACGGUGAGACGUGUGUAUUACAACAAACUGGGGCUCCGGGCCCUGCUGAAACCGGAGUGGUUCGAAAAGAAGGGCAGGCUACUUCCAAAAGCAGCAAGGCCGCCUCCGAAAUUGAAAGAGAAAGUAGAUAGCAUCGGCCGAUUGCCUGCCCCAAGGAAGCCGAUACCUUUCACUGCUGAAGAAAAAGAGGCUAUGCCUGCUGCUGCCUAAACUGCUUAAUGACUACUUUGGAGGCAAGGCAAAAUGCUGAAUUUAUUAUAGAAUUUGCUUUAGUUUUGUUUUGUUGUUAGUUGAGAUGAUGUUCUUGCUCCAAGAAAAAUAAAAUUUUGUUGUUUCUUGA